CCUGUAUGCCAAGAUAGCGCUGCAGUCGAUAAGAUUGUAUAAAUGUCAACUCAAAAUUCAUUUUAUCAUCGAUGACAUUCUAAAUUAUUUGGAGUAAUAGACAACAAGUUAACAAAAAAAUUACAGCGUGCAAUGCACAAUUAGUACAUAUAUAAUAAAAAUUAUGAAUUUCAUAUUAAAAUUUAAGAGAGACAAGUAAAGUAAAAUAAAAAUAGAUUGAACAAUAAGCACCGCAAGAUAUUAACCUAAAUUAAUCCUUCAAUUAAAUUGACACAAAAUGAACGAUAACAAAAUAGAAGACAUGCAAUUAUUUCUGAUGGAAUUUUUAAUCGAUACAGUCAAUAUUCCCUCGGUACGGGCGAUUCAGAAGGAAGUGCUACCAGUCAGAACAUGCGUCUCUUUUCGAAUACUGGAUCUGGAUCCUGUCAAUAUUUAUCAAGAAACGCCAACGGAAGCUUGCGCCUGCACCGACAAUAAAUUGCAAAUUUUUAAAAAGGGCAAGUCCUGUCUGUUCGCCCUUUCAAGCAUCGUUCUGCAGAAACCCUUGCACAGCUUUCCCGUGACAAUGUCCGUCUACAAGGAACUACCGCCGGGAGUCUUGCCGGACGUGAUGCUAAUCGGCACUCACCAGAUUCAAAUGCGCGACCUCAUAAAUACGCUGCUGAUGCGGCAGAUUUUCCGAAUGGUUCACACGUGGAGAACGAUGAAGGACACCUUCAGAAUUACCACGGCGACGGGACAGUGCGUGGGCGAAGUUACCGUAUUCAUCCGUGUUUCGUGCUUCGGCAAGAAAAUUGUCACGCAAUUCCAGAUCCCACGCAGUGGGAAGCCUUACCUCUUCAAAGGCGUCGACGAUUAUACCGUGUUUCAGUGCAAGAGAAUCACUUCCGCUUUGACCAAAGAGAGGAUUGAGUGCGCGUGCGCUCCCAAGAAGAUCAACGACGGCAGCGGUGAGGCUGCGGGAAUCUGUUGUCCUGUUACGCCCGAUAAACGACGAGAGGAACGAGCGAAGGAUGUCUACAAGGAUAAGUGUCCGCCGUGCUGUCGCGGCACGCAGGAGCCUCCCAAGCCCAAGGAAAUUAUCAAAAAGUGCGGCUGCGUUGUCAGAGAGGAUUGCCCUCACUUGUAG